AUGGUCCUGCUCAUUGAUAUCAACUCAACUCCUCCAGAAGAGGAGGAUGAUGUAGGGAGGGUUCUGGAUCUGAACUUCAGUCCACAUACUCCACAAGAACAAGAACAAGCUGCUCAGCCAGGUCACAUUCCAGACCAACAAGAACAAGAACAAACCGCGGAGCUAGAACAGAAUCCAGAACAAGAACAAGAACAAGAACAAGAGCAAGAAGAACGUAAUUUGCAGCGGAGCCGUAAGGAUGUGCCAGAGAGAAGCAAAUUUGCCUCAUAUAUUGCAUUGAAAGCUUUAGGCAAAGAUAGACCUGUUGUGAAGGCAGAUAAAGAAAAUGUGGCUCAACUCUUGGGAAUAAGUCUUCGGUCAGUCGAGAAGACAUGGAAGAAGGCAAUGGAUCAAGAGGCCAGGAAUGAAGUGGUUGAUUUCUCCAAUAAUCGGAAGAUGUGUGGAAGAAAGAGGAGAGAGCUUAAUCUGGAUGAAAGGGUUCCUCAAGUUCCACUGAACCAAAGGGGUACACUAAGGGCGCUGGCAAGGUCCCUUGGUGUCCCUUUCUCAACACUACAAAGACGGUUGGCAUGGGGCGAUUUAAGGCGCCAUACUAAUAGUCUCAAGCCAUAUCUAUCUUUGGAAAACAGACUCAAAAGACUUCUAUAUUGCAUCUCAAUGAUAGAUGAACCAUCAAUAACAGAUGCAAAGCUUAUCUUCAAAAUGAUGGGGAACAUAAUGCACAUGGAUGAAAAAUGGUUUGAUAUGACAAAGCGUAAUCGAACAUAUUACCUAACUCCAGAAGAACCGGAUCCAGUUCGCACUAUCCGUAACCAUAACAACAUCGGUAAGGUGAUGUUCCUAACUCUGGUUGCAAGACCAAGAUUUGAUGCACAAGGUAACAUGACAUUUGACGGAAAGGUCGGAAUUUGGGCGUUCGUCAUAGAGGAUGUGGCCAAGUACAACUCAAAGUAUCAGACAAAAGGCGAUUUGAUGCUAAAGAAUCUCAAUGUUACUAGAGACGUGAUGCGGGAAUACCUCUGUGAGAAGGUAAUUCCAACAAUUGUUGAAGUAUGGCCCGACGAUGGAGACGUGGGAACCAUAUGGAUACAACAGGACAAUGCAAGAACACAUGUUCCGCCUGAUGAUCCUAUUUUUCAAGCCGUAGUAAAAGCUUCGGGAUUGGAUAUUAGGUUGACUUUUCAACCUCCUAACUCCCCGGAUGUGAAUGUUCUAGAUCUCUGCUUCUUCAGUUCAAUCCAAUCCUUGGCAUUUGAGAGUGCACCUAAUACUCUCAAAGAACUGAUAGAAUCAGUAGAACAAGCUUACGAUGCAUAUGACGUGAAUACACUUGCCAAAGUGUAUGUCACCUUGCAGUCUGUUCUUGUGCAGAUUAUGAAAAACCAGGGUGGAAAUACAUACAAGCUAAUUCACAUGGGCAAGGACAGACUGAUAAAGGAGGGAAACUUGCCUGACACACUAGAGGUUGAUAGCGAACUAUAUGAAGAAACCUUAAAGUUGAUAGAGGAAUAUGAGAUGCAACUAAAGGAGGAAGAGAUCAAGGCUACACAAGCAAAGAAAGCAUCAAAGAUAAAAGGAAGAUCCCAAUUAAUUGUGGAUAAUGACCUAGUUAUCACAGGAAAAGAAUAUGCCACAUGGUUGGAGGACUCAUCAAGCAUUGUCCGUCCAAAGCGACGAGUCAAGAUUAAAAAACUUGAUCUCAUCCGGGAAAGACAAGUAAGCGAAUUUGAAGUUGCAAUACAAGAAGAGAAGCCUGAGGAGGAGAAGCGGAAGGGAAAACAACCAAUAAUACAAGAGAAGCCUGAGGAGAAGAAGGUGAGCAAAACAAGAAAACAACCGAUAAUAGAAGAUACUAGAGCAAACAAGAGGCCAAGGAAGGCAUAAAACAAACACCAUGGCAUCCUAAACAGCAAUUCACAUGGGCAAGCAAGCAAUAGAAAAUAGGUAUCCAUAGUUUAUCAUGUAUCCAUAGUUUAUCAGAGUUAUCAUGCAUACAGAGUUUAUCAAGCAAACAAGCAAUACAAGGAGAAUCGAUAAGAGUUAUCAUGUAUCCAUAGUUUAUCUGAAUAUGUACUGACUCAUAUUGUCCAUAUAUCUGAAUGUAAAAAUAAAUCGGCAGUGACAUCAGCUUAUUAGAAAAGGUUGGAAGCAAUUGAGUACUGUACCUAGUUUUCAGG